AUGCCAUUUAAAGGCUCCAUAACAACUUCUCAACUUCUCAAAGAGAAAAGUGUUCCAGAUAAGAAACUAAAUAAGAAGAAUCUUACAAAUUUACAAGACAUUGAAUCUGCGUUGUAUGAUUUGGAGCUCAAGGAAGAUAGUGAGCGGGAGACUAGACGAGUUUGCAACUGUAUGGCUCGAAAACAUCCUUUAUUCGAAAUUGCACCAAAUUGCCUAAAUUGUGGUAAAAUUAUAUGCACAAAGGAAGGUUUGCAGCCAUGCUCAUUCUGUGGAAACGACUUAAUACCAGCCAGCGAUAAGGACGCUAUAAUCCAAUUGUUGCAUAAGGAGAAGAAGGAGCUACUUAAUCGGGAACAAAGAACUGAGGCCCCUAGUCAAUCGAAGCCCAAAAAGAAGAUAGUUGUCAAGAUGAAUCCUGGCGAGAAAUUCUGGGAGGCUCAGGAUAGAGCAUUUAAAUUAGCUGAGAAAGAAAUGAAAACCAGAGACCAAGUGAAAGAGGUUGAACCGGAUAUUGUUGCUGAGGUGGAAACCAAUACCGAACUGGAUAAGGAUCUAGAAACCGCCAAAGCAAGACUAGAAACGUUAUUGAAUUUCCAAGAAACCGGAGCCGAGAGAACAAGAAUAAUAGACAAUGCAUCUGAUUUUGAAAUGCCAACCCAGUCGAUAUGGCUAUCCCCAGAGGAGCGUGCGCUUAACUUGAAAAGAAAACAGAGGUUAGCCAGAGAGGACAAAAAGGAGAAAGAUCGUCAAAGAAAAGGUGAAAAACAGGUUGAAAUGGUUAUCAAAAAUGGCAAAGUUGUAAUGGUGGAAAAAUACGCCACCGUUAAGGAGGAGCUCUCACUGGAUGAGCUACAGUUGAUGGACGAAAUAAAAAUUUCAAAGAAGAUGCAGGACAAGAGUGACCUAGUGUGGGAUUACGAUCAAGAUAAGAUUAAAUGGGGGAAGCCUGUGUAUUUUUCAAACUCUAAUGUGCAAUCCGAGCCAAACACCGAGUUUAAACAAAAGACAAAGCCUCGAGUACAGUUUGAGUCAAAUAAAGAUACAACGGAGUUAAUAGCAACAAUGUUAUAA